AUGGCGCCCGGCAAGACCGCGCCGCGGCUACUCCAGGACCUCUUCACAUAUGAUCCGCGACACGAAGAACGGGCCGGCCGGAAUCUGCUGACGAGCCCUCCGCCGCAACACGACAUCAAAGCCCCAGCAGUCGCCGCCGUACCCUACCGGAACUGCCGCCACAACCUGUUCACCAAAUCUGAGCAGUCGCUGUUACCCGUCCCAGGCGAAGAACCAACCUCGGAUACCGUAUACAAGGUCGCCUCAUACUGCCUCAAAUGUCGCUGGCAUGUCGAUGUGCUUGUCGACCACCGUAUCAAUGCUGCCAAGGUCAAGUCGUGUGGGAAGGGAAAUGAGGAUUAUGCCUUGCAUCACUUUCUCUACGAAGGAGAGGAUGAUGCAACCGCUAUGGACAGGCUCGAGGCUCAGCUGCGGCCGCGCACUUAUAUCUUUCGCUGUUCUGCGCCAGAAUGUUCCGUCAGGGCACGGAUUAGCAUGAAACCGCCCUGCUUCUCGGAGCAGGACAUCGAAACCCUGACGAAUCAGGCUCAACUUAGAAGACGAUGGGAAGCGGCCAAACAGAUCGCCGGCGACCGAGCAGAUGCAAACAUGGCGCGUAGGGUCGAUGCUCCUGAUUACCUGAAUACAUACCUGCAAGAUUCCCUAAAACCAGCAAAGGGCAAGGCACGCAUCCCGCUGUUGAACAAGAAGUUUCUCAAGACUUUCGGUAGGGAUUGUGAUUCGAUACUGCGACGUCUUGGCUUCGAGAAACAUCAGGAAAAAGAAGACGAGACUGUUGUGGAAGCUUGGUAUCUCCCUAAACCCGACGAAGCCGCAUCUCCGCUUGAAUCGACGCUGCGCACCAAGAUCGAGGACGCUCGCUACGAACUAAACACCAUAAUACUGGACAUGCCGGAGAGCGAGCGUGUGGGUUGCAGGCACCAACCAAUGUACCCUACGCCGUCACGGGGCGACAUGGAGAGGGCAUUAGCAUGCGCGGAUUACGCCAAGGUGAAAGGACGGGAGACACGCAGUACAAACCACGAAGAGGAUCAUCCCUACUAUGCUAGUCUAGGCGCUGUUGGUGAUUUUGACGACUCCUUGAUCCUCUUCGCCUUCUCUCGACAAGGCGCAGUUGACAUCGAGAACAAAGCUUACUACUUUGAGUGCUUGCAAGAUCUCGCAGCCGGUCGCCAAAGUGAUAUGCUCGGCAUGCAGGUAGCUAUGCUGGCCUCACAGGGUCUCACAAGCAAACGGGAGGCCGAGCGCGCAUACCAGUACUUUGGUAUCGACCCAACACACGCAGGCGUAAUAAGUGACGAUCAUAUCAUAGGGUGCUUCCGAUCUCGGCUAGCCGAUGUCAGUGUUAUACAAGCCGAGGAGGCGCGAAAGCAACUGCGAGUUUUGGGAGACGUGCGCGAUAGCGACAGAAUACGGGGAGAGGCUUCAGGUUCUAUCGAGACGUACGAGCAAGCGAUGGCCUUCUUCGACCUUGACCCUGGCGUAGCGGACGAUUUCGUUCCGACCAUGUACUCGUUGAAGACUCAAGACAAUCCUUCAAGCAUAGAAACAGCAAGAAAGGCUGUGGAAAUCAUAGCAGAGACGCGCAAUAGCGAACGACUACGCCAUUUUGCCAAAUUCGGGACGAUGAGCGACCCUGAGAUGGACUUAGGCGACGCAUACGCCCUCUUUCAGCAACCAGACAGAACUGUCGCGCUCGACCCUGCAGUUCUGGAGUCUGUUCUUAGCACCUAUGAAAUCGGCACAAGCGAGAGAUUGCGCAUGGAGAAAGCGCACGCUCUCAUCCAGUACGACCAGUCACAGAGAUUUGGCGACAACCAUGUCAACCCGAACCGCUCCGAAGUCAGAAGAAAUCUGUAUCCUCUCGAUUCAUGGCCGGUUGGGCUUCGCAAUAUCGGCAAUACCUGUUAUCUUAACAGUGUGCUUCAAUUUCUGUUCACCAUCAAGCCUCUAAGAAACCUUGUUCUCGAUAUUGAAAAGCAUAUGCAAGACCCUUCCCCAGAAGCCUUGAAGAACAAGAAAGUCGGGCGCAUGCUCGUCACAGCCGAGAGGGUUUUGACGGCACAGAAGUUUGUUCGUGAGUUGCGAGCUCUCUUCGAACGAAUGACUAUAGCUUCCACAGAGACGGUACAGCCUGCGAUAGAUCUCGCCUCCCUUGCACUAUGCAAGUCAGACAAUCCCGUAGAGUCGGUGCAGUCACCACUAGUAGAGAAUACCGACAGCGUGGGCUUGGGUACCAUCGAUGGAGCAGCGGUCAGCGGACCAAUGCUACCACCUACUGCAAUGCAGUCCGCUCCAGCAGAAGCUCCGGCAGGUUCAGUCGUGACUGACGAUGAGGCAAAGUCUGUGGAUUCGGUCAUGCAGAAUAUCGAUGCGGCCCCGAUGACGCCCGCUGACUCGGUCAUGGCCGAUGAUGGUUCAGCGAGCAAGGGCGAGAGUGAUAUACCUGCUCCACCGACCCGACCUCCCCCAAUCCCACCACGAGCAGACCCUAAGCCGGCCACGAAGCCCGCUGUUCAAUCGAGUACAAAGAUUGGUAGAAUUGAGGAGAGCGCUCGGCAGCAGGACGCCGCAGAAGUCAUGUCCAACAUAUUUGAUCUGAUCUCUUGCGCCAUAACAGGCGAUAGUAUUCUACGAGAAGGCGAGCAGGGAGACGCUAUCAAGAAGUUGUUCUUCGGUGAUGUCACCACGGUUAUGGAAAAACCAGAUGGUGUGCAGAAGGUCCAAGAGCUUCGAGAUCAUUUCCUUGUGGCUACUGGACAACGAGAUCGCUCACUCUACGCUACACUUGACGAAGACUUUGGGCUAGGUGAGAUAGAAGGUGGCAGCGGCACCAGAUAUGAUUAUGUCGAACAGGCCGCACCCAUUCAGAUCAUAAACGUGAAGCGACUACAGUUUAACAAGGGUCAGCCCGUAUACGACCACUCGCACAUCGGUCUAGAAAAGACCAUGUAUCUGGAUCGUUACUUGGCAAGAACACCGACACUAGACGAAGCACAACUGCUAGAGCUUCGCAAAGCGCAAUGGGCAAAACAGAAAGAGCUGCGAGAGCUGGACACAAAGAGAACAAAGCUGCAGACAUCAGGCAUGGAGGGCAUGAACCUACCUGACUGUCUGGAGGCGACGAGUGAGUUUGUCAACAGCCUUGCAACAGAGAAGUCAGAGCACGAGCAACCAUCAUGGUCGCAGGACUUUCUCCCUACCCCACCUCCUGAACUCUCCGAUGCCCUCCACACUCGCGCCGCCGACCUUGCCUCCGAUCUCUCAGGUAUCGAUGAUCAAAUGACGAUCCUAGAAUCCGAGAUUAACACAGUUUUCAAAGACUGCAACUCCGUUCCCUAUCGUCUCCAUGCUGUUUUCACCCACCGCGGUGACGUUAAAGGCGGUCAUUACUGGAUUUAUAUCUACGACUUCCAGAACAACGAUUGGAGAGUCUACAACGACGAACGGGUAGAUCCGGUUGUGGAGGAGAGCAUAGUGCUCGACAAGGAAGAAGGAACCCGGCCCAAGGUUAGCACAGGCGUGGUGUACGUGAGAGCCGAUCUUGUGGACGAGUACACUGAGGCUGUAUGCCGUCGGCCUGAGAAACCUGAGGAGGAUGUACAGACAGAUGUCGAGAUGAAGGACGUUACUUUCACUGUCGAUCCGGAUGAGGAGAUGCCACCGGUAGAUUUGAAGGAUGUACCUGUUAUUGAAGGCGUGGUGAAAGACACGGGUCUGGUUCCUUACGAUGAGCCUUUGACUACUCCUCCGGAGAAGAGAGUGGGUGUGCGCCUGGAGUCUCCGCCUAAGAGAGGCAAAGGCGGGAUUGAGGUCAACGACGGGUUUGAUGACACAGAGCGACUCUAG